AUGAAUGCAAUCCUAUCUGAACAAACGGGUACUACCAAAAAGGAAGCCAAAAAUCUUAGAAACCGAAUUUCCUACCAAAAAAUACCAACCGAAAAAAGGGUAGCUCUUCUGGCACUACGCCGGGCAGAAUACUCUGCUCGAACACAUGCUCUUCCCCAAAAUCUUGCUGCUGUCCAUUUUACAAAGACUGACUCUGGCCGUCAAAGUAUAACUCCACCGCAAUCUAUUGUGUUCCUUCAAAAUAAACCAUUACCUGUUACCUCGGCAUCUCAAUGCGAGAGCAUCUACGAAAUAGAACAUGAACCAACAAGAGUAAAAUGCUCUAAUCUGAAUACAUUGCCCUGUAGUCCCACUGUGUUAAGGAAAGUUCCAAACUGCAAAUUUUGUGCAGCUAGAAGACUUCAAUAUGAAUCUCCUGGCUUCUGCUGUAGUAAUGGUUCUAUAAAGUUAGUUUCUCAUAGGUUACCUCCCGCAUUAAAAAGUCUUUACUUUGGAACUAAUGAAGAAUCCAAUCAUUUCCGUACUUACAUCAGAACAUAUAAUAACAUGUUUGCCUUUACCUCACUUGGAGUCAAAUAUGAUAAGGAGUUAGAAAAAAGAACUCAGGGUAUAUACACAUUUAAAGUUCAAGGACAAAUGCAUCAUUUCAUAAAUAGCCUCCUUCCUACAAAUAAUGAAGUAAGAAACUUACAAAUCUACUUUUAUGACAAUGAUGCCGACGUAAUUAACAAAAUGUUAUUCUCCGAAACUCUUAACCGAUCAGUUAUUGCAAAACUGGUUGAAAUUCUAAAAAUUAAUCCUUACUCUAUAUUUCUCAAAUCCUUAACAAGCAUUCCAAACUUACUUGAUUUCUACAUUGCACUUAAAUGUGCUUCUGCAAUGGAUCAACGAACAUAUAAUUUACCCACCGUCUCAGAAGUUGCUGGUAUAUGGGUUGACGAUGAAUCAAAUAAUGCUAUUUCUACUCCCCAUAUUCGAAUACAUACUCACUCCAAUAAUAGCCAACUGGUACACUAUUACUACGGUUGUUAUGAUUCGUUACAGUAUCCUCUGUUAUUUCCCUUCGGAGAAAAUGGAUGGCACUGUGGCAUUCAAAAAAUAAUACAACAACCCAGUUUCUCAAGAAAACGUUCUACUUCUAAUAAUGACGGCCUUCCUGCUGUAUCUAACUGCUGCUCAAUUGAUGGUUUUCUUAAUGUUGAAGAACAACUUUUACAUAAACAAAGACAGAAGAAAAACAGAGUCUCAUGCCGUGAGUAUUAUUGUUAUAAACUUCAAAUUAGAGAUACUGAAGAAAAUACUGCUUCACAUUCUGGUAGAUUAUUCCAACAAUAUUCUGUAGAUGAAUUUAUAAAAGUUGAGACACAAAGGUUGGACUUUCUGGUAUUCAAUCAAGAUUUAUUUAGGUAUGAAGUACUAUCCGGAUUGGUGGAUCUUCUACGACAAGGAGAAAGAGACACCUCAAAUAUUGGGAUAAAAACGUUCCUUCCUGCUAGCUUUACUGGAGGUCCACGAGACAUGCGUCGUCGAUACAUGGAUGCUAUUGCAUUAGUACAACAAUUUGGAAAACCUGAUAUCUUCCUAACUAUGACAUGUAAUCCUUCGUGGCAAGAAAUACAUGAUUUCCUAUUACCAACUGAUGAGGUCCAAAACCGACCAGAUUUAAUAACUCGAGUCUUCAAGGCAAAAGUCGAAGAAUUAAAGUCAGAUAUUACCAAGAAAAAAUUCUUUGGUAAAAUCGCUGCUUUUAUGUACACUAUAGAAUUUCAAAAGUGUGGUUUACCCCAUGCACAUUUCCUUAUCAUACUUGCUGAUAACUAUAAAUUAUUAACUCCCGAGGCUUAUGAUCAGCUGGUUUGUGCUGAAAUACCUGAUCCUGCUACAAAUAAUGUUAAAGCUGUCAAGUAUAUUUACAAAUACAUUUGCAAAGGACAUGACAAAAUUGCUUUUCAUAUACAUAAUAAUGAUUCUGAUAUAGAAAUAGAUGAAAUAAAAGAUUAUCGAUCUGCUAGAUGGGUUUCACCACCAGAAGCUAUGUGGCGUCUAUUUGGCUUCUCUAUUAGUGAAAUGACUCCUGCAGUAUAUCAUCUUCAACUUCAUCUUGAUGGACAACAAUUUGUCUCAUUCAGGACAAGCUCUAAUUUGAAUUCGGUGUUGAAUAAUCCUGCAAUCAAAAGAACAAUGUUAACAGAAUUCUUCUCAAUGAACAAAACAAACAAAAUUGCAACUGAACUUAACUUGUUAUACAAAGAAUUUCCUGAGCACUUUGUUUGGUCUACAAGUAAUAAAAUGUGGACACGAAGAAAACAAGGCAAUGUCGUUGGUCGUGUCGUCACCUGUCACCCAACAGAAGGCGAAAGAUACUAUCUUCGACUAUUACUGAUGAACAUAAGAGGACCAAAAUCUUAUGAAGAUCUUAGAACUGUUAAUGGAAGAUAUUAUAACACAUUUAGAGAGGCAGCCGAAAAAAACGGCUUGCUUGCUUCUGAUAAUAACUUAAUAGAGUGUAUGUCAGAGGCUGCUAAUUAUCAAAUGACAUAUAGCCUCAGACAUUUAUUUGCAACACUUUUAGCCUACUGUAACCCUGCUAAUCCAAAAGAAUUAUGGCAAAAAUUUCAAUGUCCUAUGUCGGAAGACUUUCAAAAUAUACCAAACAUACAGACAAAUGAUAUUUGUUGUUCAGUCUUAAAUCACAUCAAUGAUAUCUUACAUUCAAUGGGCCAUAAUAUAAAUGAGUUCAACCUCAUAUCAAAGACUAUCUCUUCAACUAUAUCUUCCAAUAUAAUGCAACAAGCUAGAGACAUCCAUCUAGAGCGAAACAUCACUGUAACUAAUGAAGAUCUAUUGUUACAUACCCAUUUGAACAAAGAACAACAAAAGGCAUACAAUGUUAUACUUAGUAGAAUUUCCCUAAAUAAAUCAGGGGCUUUCUUUAUUGAUGGUCCCGGAGGAACUGGCAAAACUUACUUAUACCGUGCCUUAUUAGCUACUGUACGAUCUAAGGGAUUUAUAGCAUUAGCUACUGCAACUUCUGGUGUUGCAGCUUCUGUACUUCCUGGAGGACGAACUGCUCAUUCCCGUUUUAAACUUCCUAUAGACACACGUGAAAAUUGCACAUGUAACAUUAGUAAACAAAGUUCACUUGCUUCCUUAAUUCGAGAUGCAAAACUAAUAGUAUGGGACGAAGUAUCAAUGGCCAAAAAAAAACUUAUUGAAACUUUUGACUCAUUUCUAAAAGAUAUUAUGAACACAGACACACUCUUUGGUGGAAAAGUUGUUGUUUUUGGUGGCGACUUUAGACAAACUUUGCCAGUUAUACAAAAUGGCAAAAAAGAAGACUUUAUUAAUGAAAGCUUAUUAAAUUCUACCAUUUGGGAUCACCUUGAAAAGUAUCAGCUGGUGCAAAACAUGCGCGCCAGAACAGAUCCGACCUUUUCUGAGUAUUUACUAAAGAGUGGAAAUGGCAAAGAAAGUGUAAAUGCCCUGCGUAAAAUUGAAAUUCCACCAUCUUUUCUUAUUCCAUAUGUAAAUGAAAAAGAAUCAUUAGACAUUUUGUUUAAAUCUAUUCAUCCAAACUUAAACAUGCUCACUGAAGAUAUCUCUUCUAUAACAUCCCGUGUUAUUUUAACGACUAAAAACGAUUUUGUAGCUGAAAUUAAUGAGAUGUUCAUUCAUAAAUUCCCGGGAAAUACUAUGACACUUGUUGGAAUUGACGAAACCGUAGAACCAAAAGAUCAAAGUCAAUAUGAAGAUUUCUUGCAUACUUUAAAUCCCUCUGGUCUACCACCAUAUAAGUUAACUCUCAAGCGAAAUUCUCCUGUUAUCCUCUUACGCAAUUUAAAUCCUUCCGAAGGUUUAUGCAAUGGAACACGACUAAUUUGCCUUAACUUUAAAACCCACGUUAUUAGUGCCAAAAUUGUCAGUGGUGAUUUCAAGGGCAAGCAUGUUUUUAUUCCUCGAAUACCGUUAUUAUCUUCACAAGAUGAAAAAUUACCUAUUCCAUUUAAAAGAACUCAAUUUCCAAUUCGAUUAUGUUUUGCCAUGACUAUAAAUAAAGCUCAAGGUCAAACACUAGAUUUUGUGGGAAUUUAUUUACGUGAACCCGUUUUUUCACAUGGUCAGCUCUACGUUGCUUUGUCACGCGCAAAAAGUUCUGACCAUGUAAAAAUACUAAUUCGACCUACUAUACCAGACAGUUAUGAUGAUCAUUCUACUUGCAAUAUAGUGUAUAAUGAAAUUAUUAAAAAGGCAUUCUUUUAA